GGCUAUAAAUGCGCGGGCCGCGGCCGGGCCCCACAGGAGCAGCCGCCCGGGGCGCCGGAGCUGCGGGCCGCGCCGCCGGGAUGAGCGCCAGCACGGGCGGUGGCGGCGGCGGGGACAGCGGCGGCAGCAGCAGCAGCAGCUCGCAGGCCUCCUGCGGGCCCGAGUCCUCGGGAUCCGAACUAGCUCCCGCCACACCGGCGCCUCGGAUGCUGCAGGGGCUGCUGGGCUCCGACGACGAGGAGCAGGAGGACCCCAAGGACUACUGCAAGGGCGGCUACUACCCUGUGAAGAUCGGAGACCUGUUCAAUGGGCGGUACCACGUGGUGCGCAAGCUGGGCUGGGGCCACUUCUCCACCGUCUGGCUCUGCUGGGACAUUCAGCGCAAGCGCUUCGUGGCCCUCAAAGUGGUGAAGAGCGCGGGGCACUACACGGAGACAGCUGUGGAUGAGAUCAAGCUCCUGAAAUGUGUGCGAGACAGUGACCCCAGUGACCCCAAAAGAGAAACCAUUGUCCAGCUCAUCGACGACUUCCGGAUCUCAGGGGUGAACGGAGUUCAUGUGUGCAUGGUAUUGGAGGUGCUGGGCCACCAGCUCCUCAAGUGGAUCAUCAAGUCCAACUACCAGGGCCUGCCCGUGCCCUGUGUGAAGAGCAUCGUGAGGCAGGUGCUGCGCGGUCUGGAUUACCUGCACACCAAGUGCAAGAUCAUCCACACAGACAUCAAGCCCGAGAACAUCCUGCUGUGCGUGGGUGACGCCUACAUCAGGCGCCUGGCUGCCGAAGCCACAGAGUGGCAGCAGUCAGGGGCACCGCCCCCCUCCCGCUCCACAGUCAGCACUGCCCCCCAGGAAGUCUUGAGCGGCAAGCUGUCGAAAAACAAGAGGAAGAAGAUGAGGCGCAAAAGGAAACAGCAGAAGCGGCUGCUGGAGGAGCGGCUGCGGGACCUGCAGAGGCUGGAGGCCAUGGAGGCGGCAGCCCAGGCCGAGGACUCUGGCUCGAGACUGGAGGGGGGCAGCGGCUCCACCUCCUCUUCAGGCUGUCACCCCGGGGGCGCCGGGCCCGGUCCCUCUCCGGCCUCCUCCUCCCCUGCCCCUGGGGGCGACCGCAGCCUCAGCCCCGGCUCGCAGACCUCAGGCUUCUCGGGCUCCCUCUUCUCCCCUGCAUCGUGCUCCAUCCUCUCGGGCUCGUCCAACCAGCGGGAGACAGGGGGCCUCCUGUCGCCCAGCACACCAUUUGGUGCCUCCAACCUGCUGGUGAACCCCCUAGAGCCCCAAAACGCAGACAAGAUCAGGAUCAAGAUCGCAGACCUGGGCAACGCCUGCUGGGUGCAUAAGCACUUCACCGAGGACAUCCAGACGCGGCAGUACCGGGCCGUGGAGGUGCUGAUCGGGGCCGAGUACGGGCCCCCGGCCGACAUCUGGAGCACGGCGUGCAUGGCCUUCGAGCUGGCCACCGGCGACUACCUGUUUGAGCCACACUCGGGAGAAGACUACAGUCGCGACGAGGACCACAUCGCCCACAUCGUGGAGCUCCUGGGAGACAUCCCCCCGGCCUUCGCCCUCUCGGGCCGCUACUCCCGCGAGUUCUUCAACCGGAGAGGAGAGCUGCGGCACAUCCACAACCUCAAGCACUGGGGCCUCUACGAGGUGCUCAUGGAGAAGUACGAGUGGCCCCUGGAGCAGGCCACGCAGUUCAGCGCCUUCCUGCUGCCCAUGAUGGAAUACAUCCCCGAGAAGCGGGCCAGCGCAGCCGACUGCCUCCAGCACCCGUGGCUCAAUCCCUAGGCCCUGGAGGCCCCCUGAGCAGCCUGGGGCAGGACCGCCCCCCCCCCAACACCCAGCGGCUUCAGGGCAAGCGGGACGGUUCCGGCCACCCUGCCACCCUGCGGAGCUGCCUUCUCCAGCGCCGACGGCGCGCCUGCUCCCCGCCCCCUCGGCAGGGCGGCAGAGGCUGGGGCCGGGCCCACCUUGAAGAAUCUGUUCGGCCCUCAGCCCUCAGAGAGGGUCCUCUGAAUGUGUGCGGUUUCUUUUCUUAAUAAAGUGUGACCCGAAA